AUAUCACAAGCGCGAAGAACUAACAUGAUAACGCAUUCCAUUUCUGUGGUUUCUCUGCCCAGUUGCUCUUGUCCUCGUUCGAUUCCAUUCCACCAACCUCGUCUCUCCACAAACCAUAAAUCUUUUUCUCCCAUUUCCCUUGUAACCAAUUGUUCUCGGUUCAAUGAUUUGUGCGUUCCCUCUUUUACACCAACUCCAGCAACCGGUUGCACCAAAAACCGCAGCCCCCACGACGCCGAGCCCGACCCGAUUCGAAACCAGAGGCUUUUGCAGCAAUUCUACUUGUCAGUCAACUCUGAGAACGCCGCGGACGAAGACCCAGCUACUAAUAAUCAGAAACAAGAUCCGGGUCAAGAGGAUCAGAAAAAGGGUGCCAAAAACGCCAAGGGACUUUUGACAAACAUGUGGUGGGCGAACCUGAAAUCUGCAGUUGGUCAGAGAUUAAACAUCGAAGGCAUUGUUUUUUCUGCAGCUGUUAUUACUAAGGACCGGCAUUUGGCGCUACCUCAUGUUGUUGUGCCCGAUGUGAGCUACAUUGAUUGGGCUGAACUGCAAAGAAGGGGUUUCAAGGGCGUUGUGUUUGAUAAGGACAAUACAAUUACCGCGCCUUACUCUUUGACAAUUUGGGCUCCUCUCAAAUCCUCACUUGAACAGUGUAAAUCUGUCUUUGGCCACAAUGUAGCGGUGCUCAGCAACUCUGCUGGGCUUUCUGAGUAUGAUCAUGAUGGUUCAAAAGCUAAAGCGAUCGAGGGGUCGAUUGGAAUUAAAGUUAUAAGGCAUAGGGUGAAGAAGCCUGCUGGUACAGCUGAAGAAAUCGAGAAACACUUUGGUUUUACUUCUUCCCAACUUAUUAUGGUAGGUGAUCGACCAUUCACAGAUGUGGUUUUUGGGAACCGUAAUGGUCUUUUGACUAUUUUAACUGAACCCUUGAGCAUUGUUGGGGAGACGUUUGUUGUUAGGCAGGUAAGGAAAUUAGAAACAUUCCUCUUGAACCGUUGGCUUAAGCAAGGAGUAAGACCUAUCAAUCAUCGCCUAUUACCAUUACCAGACACUAAACAGUGCAUUAAAGAUUUGUAACCUCUUUAGUAUGAAUGAAAAAUUUUGCCCUGUAGAUAUCCAUGAACUGCUGAAAGAUGCCAUUCUUUUUGUCCUCUGGCCAUUCAUUAGCUUAUGGUAUUAGCGCCUGAGUUGAAUAUAAUACAUUGGUAGACUUUGUACUUUUGGACAGCAACAAUAUUGAAAUGUAGAAGGGUUUCCUAUCAUCUCAUCUUGA